UUCAGCGAUAGUUAAGAAAGAUGGUGUUGGUUCUUCUGUCUGAAUCAGAUCUAGAUCUGCCCGAUGAUGUAGUCGAAAUGAUCAUCGAGAGGACUUUAACUGAAGUAGAUGGAAAGGGUGAUGGUAAGAUUGAUGAGGAAGUGUGGAAGGCAUAUGCAGCACGAAAUUCUUCUCUACUGAAGCAUAUCACACAAACAUCGAACCAUAUCUGCCAUUGUCUGAAUGAUAGCAGGGUCUCUAUGGUGACAUAAAACGCCUGUUUUAUCAACUAAUACAAGUUCUCUUUGCUUACAGG